GAGAAACGGGGACACUUUGCAUGUCUGUAAAUCACAGUGCAAACACACAGACAUUACAUUCUGAUCCCCGUUACGUUUAUAGUGUCGUUUUUCUGAAACUGUUACUAAAGUGCCCAAAUUCCCUCAAGUCGUUUCUAUCUAAAUCAAUGAUGCAGCUCUGUCUCCAUCUACUGGCGACGAUUUGACACUGCACAUAACCGUCUUCAUAGCACGUUUACCAAGGUAAAAAAUAAAGCGUAAAAUAUGGCAGAAUCUUUGGGACAUAAAACAUUACACCAGUAUUUUGUGCUUUAUUUUUCAUUACAAAUAGGCGGCAUCAUCUACUAUUAGCCAUCAUCUGACAGUUUCCUUCCUAAGUCAUUUCUAUUAAAUGCUAAAUCUGUGUCUGCAGGGUCCUCUCUGUCUUUAUGGUCUCCAGUCUCCACCUCUAUUUGAUAUUUCGGGGAAGUGCUCGGGUUACAAAAUCAUAAUCCACUCACAGGUCACACAGACAGUAAACACUAACAGAAGUCAGCAAUCAAUCAUCCACUGGCACACGUGGACAAGCAAUUACGCCUGAUAUUUAAACAGUACUUCUGUUUAAUCCUCUUUUUGUUGUGUUGUGCGGAUGUACAGAUACACAGACACACACACACAGCACAGAUAAAGCAGCAGCGCACCGAUAGCUCCAGUCACAUGGGAAACAAACAAUUGGUGGUGAAGCAUUGAAGCCAGCUUGAGAUGUGAUCCCUCCAUCAUGACACAGCUCUUAAAAAGGGACAGUACAGCACCAAGUAAAGAAGACGAGCUUCUCGUGUUCCUGAACCAGUCAACAGAAUUCUGCAACCAUUUUGAGGACAGCUAUUGGUAUUGCUACAUCGUGCUGGUGCUCUUUGCUUUCACUGUUCCGGUGGGACUGCUGGGAAACCUAGUAGUGCUCAUCAACCACACCUGCUUUAGGAAAACCUCAAGCUCCAGCAACAUUUUCCUGCUUAACCUGACUCUGUGUGACUCGGGGUGGAUCCUCACACUGCCCUUCUCCCUCUACAUUACCUUGAGGAGGCCCCACAUCACAAACAUACAGAUCUUCUGUCAGUUCAAGAAGUCCUUCUUCAACAUCAACAUAUAUGGCAGCAUCCUCUUCCUGACUCUAAUCAGUUUCGACCGCUUCGUUGGCACAGUGCACCCGAUCAGUUCUCUUCGUUGGUGGAAUGCCGGUAAAGCCAAACUGUGCUCCUUCUGCGUGUGGGUGCUGGUCGUCCUUAGCUCCAUUCCUGACUUAUUUCUAACUUUUUCUAUUCAGCCCACAGAAAAUGUCACUGUGUGUGUGGACCAGAUCCAGGAUCCUUUUUACUAUGUCAGAACAGCCAUCAUUAUCAGAACAACAAUAGGCUUCCUGCUGCCGUUCACUGUCAUGCUUGCUUUUUACACCAUGACGGUUCGAGUUUUGAGGCGUCUCCCAAGAGGUCAAAGCAACCGAGCGAGAGGAAAGCCCCUGCAUCUCCUUACUGCCGCCAUACUCGUCUUUGUGGUCUCCUUUCUGCCCUACCACACUAUGGCCACCACCAUGGUAUUCAUGAGGAUUUCUAACCUGGUGACCCCCUCCAACACCAAUGUACUCUAUGCUUGCUAUGAGUUUUCUGAAGCCAUGUGCAGUGUAAGCAGCUGCCUGGACCCAGUGCUGUAUAUUCUGGCAGGUGAACAAUUCCAGAGGAAGUUCCUGGCAUGGAAAAGAGGCCAAUACAGGAGGUUCUGCUGCAGAGCCAGCAGGAGGAUUGGGGUAAUUGAGUGAUUUGCUGGAGACAGUUUAUGGCUAGUUACCUUAACUUGCCUUGGUUCAAAUAAGGUCCUGGCAUGGUACUAGGAUAAUGUUGGCGCUAUGCAUUCCUUUGCAGACCCAGUCAUUUAGAGCCAGUGGCAAAAAUAUAUAGAACAACCUUAGUGGCAAUUAUGGCCUAAUGGCCCCCAGAGGAUACAAAGCAUAACAACCAGGUCUGUAGUAUAGUAGCACUAAGUGUUAAAAACAAUGUAUAGUCAACACACUAUCUCCAGUUCAAACAAUCAGCACUUUACCAUAAGCGCCUCCACAAAUGGACAAAAGUGCUAGAGCAAGAAUCCAGCUUCCCUGUUGCUACAGUGCCAGUGGCAGAUAUGAUAUAAUAGUAUAAUUAUCCUGGCCUGUCUGCUACUGAAUCUACUGUGUAAGAGGAAUGAAAAAGUAUAGUGCUGUGACUGACCAUCUGGGAUCAAUGCAACAACACAGCAAGAUUGCAUUAUUGUCUAUUCUAUAUUACAUAAACAUUUGGUUAAGAUGAAAAUAAAUCAGAUUAACCAAUAAAU